UGGACAUCAUAGAAGUUCUAUGGUAACGUAAUAUCGUGUAAACACCAAAACAGGCGACCGAGUUUUCAUCGUUACGCGCUGCUGCAGAACGCUACCUGGCAACACACAUUGAUCGCUUGUACGUAGUCGUACACACCACAGUUCUAAGUCUAGCGUAAAAUGUCGCUGAAGUUGUAUUCUUACUUUCGAAGUUCGUGUAGCUGGAGAGUUCGCAUUUGUCUUGCACUAAAAAGCAUUGAUUACGAAACUAUUCCAAUUCACUUGGUAAAGGAUGGCGGUCAGCAACACCAGGAAUCUUACAAAAAGCUGAACCCCAUGGCUCAAGUACCUGCAUUGGUUGUGGAUGAUAAAGUGGUAAUUACUCAGUCUGCUGCGAUCAUUGAGUUUUUGGAAGAGAAAUAUAAAUCCAAAGAUGCUCCACUACUGCCAGAUGAUAUAUAUAAAAAGGCAAAAGUCAAAGAAAUUUGCGAGAUGAUUGGUUCAGGUAUCCAGCCUAUUCAAAAUCUUGCUGUGUUAAAUAAAGUAGGUGAGACAAGAAUGGAUUGGGGCAAAUAUUGGAUCGAUGUUGGCUUUCAAGCACUGGAAAAAAUGUUGCAAAACUGUGCUGGAAAAUAUUGUGUAGGUGACGACAUUACAAUGGCAGAUGCCUUCCUUGUACCACAGGUUGGAAAUGCAAUUAGAUUCAAAGUUGACAUGUCUCAAUUUCCUAUUAUAUCACGCAUCAAUGCCACACUGGAAGAGCAUCCAGCAUUUAAGGCAGCACAUCCAAACAACCAAGUUGAUUCUCCAGAUAAAAAUUAGCGUUUUCGGAGUGGCUUCCACUUAUAAAUAGCUGCAGAGCUUGCAUCUUCUCGUUUUACCAAAUCUCGAUCUUUAACAGCUUUAUCCUACAAAACAUAAAUUAAACAAUUAAUAUAAAUGAGGGUAAGAAAUAGGUAUACAGAAAGUUUUUUGAAAUCCUGAUUUCACUUACUGUGCUCAAAAUUUUUUGAAUUGUCAAUUUGUCUACAACUGCCUGCAGUUCUUUUACUCUGGUUUUCCGUUGUUCAAUUUCUCUUACAAGACGUUUACUUGCAGUUCCCUCCUAUGCAAAAUAACAACAGUUUAAUCAUGGAAGCCCACUCAUUUAUCAAUGAAAUCCUUACUGUGUUAGUUUUGGGUUUCUCCAA